UUAAAGCCUUCACUGUGUACGGCUCCACCGCCAUGACCACCAAAUUGAGAUCACAAUCACCAUUAGAAAAAAGAUCACAGAGAGCCCUUUUAUUUUAUUUCAAAAAGAAGGCGAAACUGGGAAAGCAAAGAUUGAGAACCACAAGAAACCAAGCCAGAAGAGGAUGUAAUCAUCUGAAAAAGCCACUUCCAUUUACAAAAGCUGGGGGAACAUCUGAUUGGAUAUUCCCUUUUACAACUACAGUUAAACUAGAACACAAGAAAAAGCCAGAACAAAAGCUACGGUCGACGGCGAGGAUGAUGAGGAGUUUCUUCGGCGACGGUCCACGACGGCUUCGCUCCAGAUUCACGAGCACUCGUUUUCUCUCCGGGGCGGCGGCAUUCGUCUGCCUGGAAGAGCAGCGUGGAGGUCUAGAGAGACAGAGAGAGGUUGAGAGUCUGGGAGAAAGAGAGGUUGAAGACAGAACAGGAAGUCAACCCUUAUGAAUUGGAUUUUUAUUUGGUAAUUUAGACAGAUUCAGAGCCUUUUAUCUUAGAAUUUGGGACAUCCAUUCUUCAGUAGUUGAUGCAUGUGGCAAGAAAUUUCAGAAUGUUACCAUGGCAAAGCGGAAGUCUUUUGCAUCUGUCAGCAUGCAGGACGAUAAGCCAUUUGAUUGCUUACGUACUUUAUUUGACUGUGGGGACUUGUGGAGGCAUGCUGCUUCACUCAUUCGUGCUCCAACAGAGGUUGUAAAGCAAAGGAUGCAAACGGGGCAAUUCACAUCCGCCUCUGCUGCUGUUCGCCUUAUUGCUGCUAAGGAGGGCUUUAAAGGACUCUAUGCAGGCUAUGGAUCAUUUUUAUUGCGAGAUUUGCCAUUUGAUGCAAUUCAAUUUUGUCUAUAUGGGCAGCUUCGGAUAGGUUAUAAAGUGGCGGCAAAGAGAGAGCUCAACGAUCCUGAGAAUGCUAUAAUUGGAGCUUUUGCAGGUGCAUUAACUGGAGCUAUAACCACUCCCCUUGAUGUCAUUAAAACUAGACUAAUGGUACAGGGAUCUGCCAACCAGUACAAAGGAAUUGUUGACUGUGUUCAGACUAUUGUGAGGGAAGAAGGACCUCCCGCUCUUUUGAAGGGUAUUGGACCAAGAGUGCUGUGGAUAGGGAUUGGCGGUUCAAUCUUUUUUGGUGUUUUCGAGAGAACAAAGCGCUUACUUGCUCAGGGACGACCAACAGUUGGUGAAGACACGAAGCAGGACUAACUUGUAGAUAAACCAAGGGGAUCCUUUAUGUUCUCCAUUUUUAGAGUGUGAAAUGCCUUUGGCAUUAAAAUUACUUCCUGGGUGGUAGUUUGAAAACUUACCAUCAGCUUUGAUAGGCUUUUAUAAUGUCUUGUUAUUUCCUAUUUUUUAUUUUUUCUGUACAAAGAACCAAAAUUGUCAUUAGCUUGUACCAGUAAUUUUAUUACUGGUCGAACACAUUUUCAUUUUCUUUUUUUUCCAUUGCAUUAUGUAUUUUCCUAUUCAUGCCUUGCAUCUUUAUUAAGUUGCUUCUUACAAUAAUUGUUCAUACUGUCAAAACAAUUUAGCCAAUAAAUGGUUAGCAACAUCCAUCACCUCAA